AUGGCUCAAUCCUCUCAGUGCUAUCUCCCUCGAUUCGCCUCCGCGUCUGCCGGGCCUAAACGCCCGGUCUCGAUGAAGACGAGACCGACGCCUUCUCAGCAUGCGCAAUUAUUAAUCGCAUCGCACGAGGGCCGUCUGAGCUCGCUGUUGCGAGCCACUUGGGCCCUGGUCUUACACUACUAUAUCCGCUCCGAGGAUAUCUGCUUCGGCUACCAGCACAUCGAAGGCGACGCUCGCUCCCAAAACCCUGUACAGCAGUCGAGCGGCGCCAGCUUGUCGGUGGUUCGGCUAGCAGUUGACGAGAACGACUCCAUCACCGCCAUUGUAGAUAAAGUGCGCAGGCAGGAUGGAUUCGACAUGCAGCUCAAUGGAUCUGAAAGACUGGAGGGCAGCUCUGAUGGAUAUCUUCCUUUCAACACCAUCCUGAUGCUGCGCACAUACAAUCAGGCGUUGGAGACCUCUCCUCCAUCGCCCCCAAUUCUGGCAACCGCUCUGCCCGACGAGUGCCAAGUCCGUCUUCAUGUGAAGGUGUUGAGUGGGGACAUUAGCAUCUUCCUUGAGUGGCGUAACGGAGACAUGUCGGGGGAACACAUGAAGAGUGUUGCCAACAUCUUCGAGCAGAUGCUCGCCAAAGUCCUUUCGUCCGAGGACACCGCUAUUAGCCAGCUUAAUUUGUUUUCGGAGAAUGACUGGCAGCGCAUCUGCAAAUGGAACUCUACCACUCUUACGCUGCACGACCGGUGCAUCCACGACGUGAUCCACGAACAGGCGCUCGCCGGCCCUGAGAGAGAGGCUGUUUGCGCCUGGGACGGAAGCCUGAGCUACCGCGAGCUGGAUCAUGUCGCCUCGAAACUUGCCUGCCAUCUGCGCAUGCAGGGGGUAGGACCCGAAACCCGCGUGGCGUUGUGUUUUGAUAAAUCGAAAUGGAACGUCGUCGCAAUGCUUGGCGUGAUGAAGGCCGGCGGCGCCUUUGUUCCGCUUGACGCAACACACCCGACUUCCCGCCUGCAACGUCUGGUCAGCGCCGUGCAGGCCUCUAUUCUUCUGUGCUCGCAGCCUCGUGCGCAGCUUCUCAAGUCCGUCGCCAAAACGGUGAUUCCCUUGUGCGCCGAGACGCUGGAUGGGCUGUCCCCGCCUGCGGACAAUGUGGAUGAUGCGUCGGGUGUCACCAGCCAGAAUGCAGCCUAUGUGCUGUUCACUUCCGGAUCCACGGGCGAGCCCAAGGGCACACUGUUGGAGCACCGUGCAUUCCUGUCCAGUGCCAUGGUGCAUGCUGCUGGACUGCAAAUUUAUCGUGACACGCGCUCGUUACAGUUCGCUGCGCACACUUUUGACGCGAGCUUGGCCGAGUCGAUCACUCCCUUGAUCCACGGGGCAUGCGUCUGUAUCCCUAGUGAAGAGGCCCGGUUGAACGACAUCGUAGGGGCCAUCAACGAUAUGAGAGUCAACCAAGCAUGCUUUACGCCUUCGUUCAUUGGCUUUGUGGAAAUUGACAGUGUUCCAGGGCUGAAGAGCCUUGUUUUGGCCGGGGAGGCAAUGUCGCAGUCCCAGCUGACGACGUGGUCCAAAAUAAAACUGGUCAAUGGCUAUGGUCCUACGGAAGCCGCCGUGGCGUCCGUGCUUAAUUCAAAUGUCACACCAGACACCGAUUGCAAAGAUAUUGGUUUGCCAGUUGGAGUGCGGGCUUGGCUGGUGAACCCGGAUGAUCAUGACGAACUGGUCCCCAUCGGCUGCCCUGGUGAGCUGCUUCUCGAAGGACCGACCCUCGCUCGGUGCUACAUCAACAACCCGCAACAGACGAACGAAUCUUUUAUCUACGACCCAGCUUGGACUAAAUUUGACGCUGGCGGUGACUCGAAUCGUCGUUUCUACAAGACCGGCGAUCUCGUCCGCUACAAUUCCGACACGGGCUCGCUCAACUACAUCGGCCGCAAAGAUACACAGGUCAAAGUUCACGGCCAACGAAUUGAACUGGGCGAGAUUGAGAACCAGCUCAGCACCGAUCCCCACGUUACCCAUUGCUCCGUCUUCUUCCCCAAGUCUGGGUUUUCCAAGGGGAGAUUGGCAGCCGUUGUCUCCUCUGCUGGCCUUCUAGCCGAUCAAUCUGAGUCGGACCUGGAACCUCUGCGACUUGUCUCGUCCUUGAAAAAGGCUAGGCUGGUCCCCGGUCUUCGAGAGCGAUUGUCAGCGCGACUUCCUACUUAUAUGGUCCCUGCGGUCUGGCUGUGCGUCCAAGCUUUGCCUUUGCUCCCCUCCGGUAAAUUGGAUCGCAAAGGAAUCGCGAACUGGGUCGCUGAUAUGGAGGAGGACCCGGAUGUGCAGAACCACCAAGCAGUCACCAUCCGGCAGCAAGUGACAUCAAAACCUACGAGCGAGACAGAAGAGGUGUUAGCCGCCGUCUACAGUCGCGUUCUCAACAUCCCGCAACAGCAGCUCAGCUUGGACGAGAGCUUCCUUGGGCUUGGUGGUGACUCCAUCGCCGCGAUGACAUGUGUCGGCUUGUGCAAAAAGCGUGGAGUCGGGCUUUCUGUGCAAGAAGUCCUCCGCAGCAAGUCGAUUCGAGACCUCGCCUCUCGCGCUAAAGCCGUCAACCAUGCUACUACUUACCAUGAAUCUGUGGACGAACCGUUCGACCUGUCGCCAAUCCAAAUACUUCACUUUGGUGUUCGCAAAGAAGGACAGGGACAUUUCAAUCAGGGCAUCCUCACGCGUUUGAGCAGGGCAAUCGAUGAGUGGAAUCUUCGCCAAGCCGUCGAAACCCUUGUCUCACGUCAUUCUAUGCUGCGCGCUCGCUUUGACGAUUCCGGAUUUGCAACUGCCUCGAAGCAAAGAAUCACCAGCGACAUCAAAAAUUCAUAUCGAUGGCGUACUCACAUUGUCUCCAGCAUGGAUGAUGUCAAACCCUUGGUUGCGGACAGCCAAUCGUGCAUUAACUGCUUCUCUGGACCUUUGCUUGCGGUCGACUACUUUAAUCUCCAAGACCGGGAUUGGGUGUUGUCGAUGACCGCCCACCAUUUGGUUGUCGAUAUCGUCUCAUGGAGAAUUAUCCUUGAAGACCUGGAAGAUCUGGUGCUCAAUCCCAACAAGUCUCCCAGUAAAGAUGGGUCUUUGCCUUUCCAGACAUGGUGUCGUUUGCAAGUCGAACACAGCAAAGCCAUGAUCACCGAAAAGAAGGUAGCGACUGAUUCGCUUCCUGCUGCAGAUUUCGCCUACUGGGGAUUGGAGAAACACCAAACCACGUACGGUGAUGUGGAUUGCGCAUCUUUCGAAAUCGACGAAGUCCACACCACUUCCAUCCUGCUGGAGUGCCAUAAAGCCCUCGAGACCGAGCCCAUCGAUUUGUUUCUGGCGGCGAUGCUUCACUCCUUUGGCCAGUCUUUUACCGACCGCGCUCUGCCUGUGAUCUACAACGAGGGGCACGGCAGAGAAGUUUGGGACUCGUCAAUCGAUAUCUCGCACACUGUCGGCUGGUUCACCAUCCUUCACCCCAUCUUCGUCUCCGACUUCAAACCCAACAGCCCCGUCGAAACACUCAUCCAAGUCAAGGACCUCCGGCGUCGUGUUUCGGACAACGGUCGUGCCGAUUUUGCCAGUAGAGUCCUGCCUAGUGACGGAAAAGAGGAAGCCCGCCACCCGCAUCCCUUUGAAAUGUCCUUCAACUACGUCGGCCAACACCGUGACCUGCAGCGGAAGGACGGUCUUUUCCAACUUGUCGACCAGAUGGCAGGUGAGACAGGGCAAGGAGGAGGCUCCGCAGACUUUGGUCGUGACACUCCACGAUUCGGUCUCUUUGAGAUCUCUGCCAUGGUAGUAGCUGGGCGACUCCGAUUUACCUUCUCUUUCAAUCGAUUUAUGCAGCACCAGAACCAAAUUCAUCGCUGGGUUUCUACCUGCCAACAAUUGCUUGUGUCUCUUUCCGAGCACUUGCAGUCCCUGUCGCCCCGUGUGACUUUGAGUUCCUUCCCAAUGCUGUCGUUGACUUAUGAUAGUCUCGAGAAGCUGGUUUCUGAAAAACUUCCGGCCAUGGGCAUUAACUCUCUAGAUCUCGUCGAGGACAUCUACCCUUGCUCUCGUUUGCAGCAGGGUAUCUUGCUCGGGCAAACUCGGGACAGCUCCUACUACGCUGUUCAUGACACUUUUGAGAUCAGAGGCUGUGGAUCGAGUGUGCCCAACCUUGACAGAUUGGUGAAUGCCUGGGAGCAAGUUGUCUCUCACCAUGCCAUGUUCCGGACCAUUUUUGCAGAGAAUCUCACUCAUCGCGACCCCUUCUGCCAGGUUGUGCUCAAGAAGUAUGAUGCAACACCGGUCUUUUUGCAGUCCUCCGGAGAGAGCGAUGUGCUCGCCACCUUCGACAGACAGGAGCCUAAGAAUUACCGUGAGCUUCGCCCGGCAUACCGUUUCACUCUUUGCCAGACCUCUACCGGAAAGCUCUUCUGCCGCAUUGAGCUAAGUCAUGCCGCCAUGGAUGGUAACUCGAUUUCCAUUAUCCUUCGAGAUUUGCAGUUGGCAUACGUUGGAAGACUUGGAGAAAGCCCUAAACCCUUGUUCAAAGACUACAUCCGUUAUCUUCAAAAUGCACCAAGGGAGGCCAGUAUCAACUACUGGCGUGGGUAUUUGUCUGAUGCUAAACCUUGCCAUUUCCCGGUCCUGACUGAUGGCGAGAAGUCAUUCAAGAGCCUUCGGUCAAUUCCUGUCAACUUUGAAUCUCUAGCUCAACUUCAAUCUGUUUGUGAAAAGAAGGGAAUCACGCUCUCCAACGUGUUCAACGCGGCAUGGGGUCUCACUCUGCGCUCUUUCUGUGGCUCUGAUGACGUCUGCUUCAGCUACAUGGCAUCUUUGCGAGACGUUGCUGUCGAUGGUAUUCAAUGGGUGGUCGGUCCUGUCAUCAACUUGAUGGCUUGCCGCAUGAAAAUGACUGGAAACUCCAUACUCAGCGACAUCCUCCAGCAGAUUCAGAACGACUACAUGGAGAGUCUUCCGUUUCGUCAAACCUCGCUCAUCGACAUCCAGCAUGCCCUCAAGCUUUCCGACACCAAUCUCUUCAACUCCGGCGUCUCCUAUCGCAGAUUGCCCAGUGCCAAGGAUGCUGUGAGCAGCGACAUCGAGUGUGUUGAAGUUGGCUCCAUUCACGACCCGGCUGAGUUUCCGGUCUUCAUUAACAUUGAGGCCAUGGAUACCCAGGCCCGCAUUGAUCUUAACUACUGGACUACCAAUCUCUCAGAUGCCCAGGCUGCAAACAUCGCUAGCAUUUACCUUCGCUGUCUCGAGAACAUCAUGGACAAUGCCGACAAGGAGAUCCGCAAGCUAGACAUUCUCAGCGAUAUUAAUAAAGACCAGAUUCUCUCCUGGAACAGCAAGAUGCCGCAAGCCAUCGACAAGUGUGCCCACCGGACUGUUCAAGAGAUGGUCAAGAGGAGACCCGAUGCUUUGGCUGUUACUGCCUGGGAUGGUAGUCUUACUUACUCCAAACUGGAUCAGUUUUCCUCCCGCCUUGCAAGCUAUCUCGUUACCUUUGGUGUUGGUCCCGGCAGUCUGAUACCUAUCUGCUUCGAGAAGUCUGUCUGGAACAUAGUUUCAGUCCUGGCCAUUAUGAAAACCGGCGGUGGCUGUAUUCCCGUCGAGUCUGCUCAAACUACGGCUCUGAUUAACCAAUGGGUUCUUGAUAAUGUGGUUCAGGUUGCGCUUGCAUCCCCCGAGAAAGCUCAAAUCCUUGAAGACCUCAUCCCAUAUGUCAUCCCUGUGAGCGAGUCUCUCCUGGAGUAUCUCACUGAUGAGCCCAUGUUUUCCGCCGCCACUCCUUCAGAUGCCGCAUAUGUCGCUUUUACGGCUGGUUUCUCUCGCCGUUCCAGAGGUCUUGUACUGGAGCAUUCAACAAUCAUGACAAGAGCCGAAGGCUUCGCUGCGAAAUUGCGACUUUCAGAUGCCUCCAGGACCCUUCAGUUUGCUGCUCACACAUCUGACAUGUUCCUUCUGGAGGUUUUUGGUACCUUUAUUCAUGGAGGCUGUGUUUGCAUCCCGGCUGACAUUGAGCCAUUUAACCUGUCUUCCGCGAUUAAUGUGCUCCAUGCCAAUGUCGCCAGUUUCACGCCGACUGUUGCGGCCCUUGUCUCUCCCAAGGAUGUUCCCGGCCUGCGCACUCUUGCUCUUAUUGGUGAAGCUCCUACAAGUGCUAUCCUUAGCCAGUGGAAUACCGAUGAUCUGCAGUUGCAUACUCUGUAUGGCACGGCAGAGACUUCUUCUGCCUCUCUGCACACCCCACACCUGGCGAACUCGUCUGAGGCCCGGGAGAUUGGAUGUGCUAUGUCGUGUGUCUCAUGGGUUGUUGAUCCGGAGAAUCAUCACUCUCUUGUUCCCAUCGGUUCCGUCGGCGAAUUGGUCAUUGAAGGGCCCGUUCUCGCUCGAGGCUAUCUCGAACUUGAUGCCACCACCCCGAAAGACUUCUUUGAGAACCCAUUGUGGCUUUCUAGCAUGGAUCAGCUAGAUGACAACCUGGACGGAAAGCGCUGGUUUUUCAAAACGGGAGACCUUGUUCGCUACAACUCCGAUGGAUCUUUGAUCUACGUCAGCCGGAAGAGCAACGUUGUCGGGCUAUCCCUGCCAGUCGAUUGUUCCCAGACCCAAGACUACAUUGACUCCUUCAAGGAAUCGAAGGCGACAUGCAUUUUGGAACGCAUCACUUUCCACCGCGAUGCCGGUGUUACGGAAAGCCUUGCUGCCUUUGUGAUCUCCACUGACGAAAUCUCGACGACAUUCGGUGAUCGUUCGGUAAUUCAACACUCUGCUCCACACAUGCAAACUGCAAUUGUCAAUAUACAUGCGCACCUGACUGCCAAUCUUCCAACGAACAAGGUCCCGAGUAUCUAUAUUCCAAUCUCAUCUCUUCCCCUGACCACUUUUGGAAAGCUGAACUUACAGGCUCUGCAAACCGAGAUUCACGGAUUGCCCACUAACGUUCUCGGAUUGUUUGAUAUCAAACAUUGGACCAGCUCGAAUUCGACAGACCAGGGCUCUCGACACCCAACGCUAUCCGAGGGCAAUGUUGCUUUCUGGAAGGAAUAUCUUGCCGAUGCUGAGCCGUGCCACUUCCCGUCCUUGUCGCGCGAACUGAUUGAUGAGGGCCGCUCGACUCGCACACUCAACAAACAGACUGGAAAACUGCAUGCCUUCAGCAAGAUGGCAGGCGUUGAUGUUGCGACCCUCCUCCAAUUUGCUUGGGGCAUGGUUCUCCGUUGCUACACCGGCUGCGACGAUGUUUGCUUUGCUUACCUUGCCUCUGAUUCCAACGACGCCGAGGCGCUUGAUUGCUCUGCCAUUGUCGCUUGCCGGCUUCUCUUGAACAACGAUCGAAGAGUUGAGGAAACCUUGCAGCGAGUCAAGACAGACUCUGAAAAGUGCAUCCAAAACUUUGUUGAUCUCGGCAUCGUCAUUCACCAACUUGGCCUUGCGGAUGGAGCUCUUCUGAACACCCUCUUCAAGUUCCACAAGGCAUCUUACCUGUCGAAUGGCAGCCCUGCAGAAACACCGACCAGCAGUACCUAUCAGCUCGCAGUCGAAGCUGAAGUCUCGAAUUCGUUUGCUCAAAUUCACUUCAACUACUCUUCCGAUAUUUUGUCCAGCAAACAAGUCAGCCAUGUCAUCGAUGCAUUUGAUCACAUACUCGACGACCUCGUCUCUUCAAACCCUCGCGAUCGUGCAAUUGGAGAUCUUGAUUUGUUUCCAGAGCGAUCUUGCCGCCAGGUUCGCGAAUGGAAUGCUAUUUCACCCCCGCGAUUCGAAAAGUGUGCCGACGAACUCAUUCAGCAACAAGCCCUUCUCCAUCCUCGCUCUGAAGCCGUCUGCUCCUGGGACAAGAACUUUACAUAUGGGCAGCUUGAGAUUGUCUCCAGUCGUCUGGCACGUCAUCUGUCCGGCCUUGGAGUCAAACCUGAAGUCUUUGUUGUAUUGUGUUUCGAGAAGUCAGCCUGGGCUAUUGUUGCUCAACUUGCCGUCCUCAAGGCUGGUGGCGCGUUUGUCUCUAUUGACCCUGCUCAUCCCGACGCAAGACUUCAAGUCUUGAUUGAGGAAAUCGAUGCGGAUCUUGUCUUGUGCUCUUCUUCUAUCCAAACUCGGAUGUCAAAGCUUUGCAAGAAAGCAAUCGCUGUUUCCCAACCCGCUCUGUCUCAGGUUCCUGAUUCUCCACUGGCAUUGCCCGGCAAACGGCCCACCCCCUUCAACGCCGCCUAUGCCAUCUUUACUUCGGGAACCACCGGAAAGCCGAAGGCGACAGUGGUGGAACACCUUGCUCUCAGUACCACUGCAGUUGCUAUGAUUGAUGCUCUGCACAUGAGCUCCGGAACUCGCGCAUUGCAAUUCUCGAACUACACCUUUGACGUGAGCAUCUUGGAAAUCAUGAUCACCCUGAUGACUGGAGGUUGCGUCUGUGUUCCAAGUGAAGAGGAGCGCAUGAACAAUCUGGGAGGCGCCAUUCGACGUAUGGAAGCAAACUAUAUGGCCGCACCUCCUGCCAUUGUCAACACUUUGGAACCCAAGAAUGUGCCGACCCUCAAGACCAUCAUCACGGGAGGCGAGAAAAUGCCAGCAAACCACAUCGACCGCUGGCACGACAGAUUUGUUAUCAAUGCUUACGGUCCCUCCGAAGCCACUGUCGUUGCCACGACCGGUGUUAAGGUUGACUGGGAUGGCAAACGUAUCAAUAACGAUCCUACAUCCAUUGGCACUGCUGCAAACUGCAGAGUUUGGAUCGUUGACCCCAACAACUACAACCGGCUUCUUCCUGUGGGCGCAGUUGGUGAGAUGCUUUUGGAGGGGAGCAACAUUGCGCGAGAGUAUCUCGGCAACGAGCAGAAAACCAAGGAAGCCUUCAUUCAAGAUCCUGUCUGGAAUCGUCAUAGUGGCCUCCAGAGUCUGUUCAAGCGAAGUGAUCGUAUGUACCGCACCGGAGAUCUUGUUCGUUACAACAGCGAUGGAACCCUCGCUUUCAUCUCUCGGAAGGACACUCAGAUCAAAUUCAACGGCCAGCGUAUUGAGCUCGAAGAAAUCGAACAUCAGUGUGUUCGUUGCCUCCCAGAGGGCUCUCAAGUCGCUGUCGAUGUUGUCGUGCCUCAAGAACGAACCGUGGCUAAGGGCCUUGCAGCCUUUUUCACAAUCCACGACGCAGGCUCCUUCCACGGUGGCAGCACCGAUCAGUUUGCUCCCACAAUUCCUGGUGCUGACCCAUUGCUUCUACCAAUUUCUGUCUCCAACAUGGACGUUGUUCGAAAUUUGAAGAACUCUCUGCCCGACUUGUUGCCUCAGAGCAUGAUGCCACGCCUCUUCUUCCCUUUGCGAAAUCUGCCUUUCACCUCAUCAGCAAAGGUCGACCGCAGGAGACUCCGUGCUAUGGUUCAAUCUUUGCCCAAGGAGGCCCUCAAGUCCUACAUUACCUUCAAUGUUACCACAAAACAGGAGGAGCUGCAAGCCGAAGGACCCGAAAUGAAACUUCGAGCUCUUUGGGAAAAGACCCUCGAUCUCGAACCUGGCUCUGUUACUAUCGAAGACAGUUUCUUCGCACUUGGUGGUGACUCGCUUUCCGCCAUGAAUCUUGUUGGAGCUGCCCAGGCCGAAGGCAUUGCUCUCACAGUCUCCAGCAUUUUCAAAUUCCCACAGUUGGUGGACAUGGCUAAGAGCUGUGUGGUGUCUUCCAAUUUGCCAGAGAUCAAGCCGCAGGUUAACACUGAACCUUUCGCACUGUUGCCAUCUUCCGUUGUUCUCGAUGAGCUUCUCGAGGAGGUCACCGACAACUGCGCGGUACCACGGGAUUCUAUUAUCGACAUCUAUCCCUGCAGUGCCGUUCAAGAAGGCCUUCUUACUCUCUCGGUUAAGCACCGUGGAGCCUAUGUUGCCCAGCCAGCGUUUCGCCUUGCUGAUGGAGUGAACCUCGAGCGAUUCAAGGCUGCUUGGCAACAGACAGUGACCGAGUUGGACAUUCUCCGAACACGUAUUGUGCAUACGGAGGCGAUGAAUUUUACACAGGUCGUCAUCAAGGACUCGCCGAUUUCCUGGAUACAUGCAAAGUCUUUUGAUCAACUUCCGAGUGACAGUGUUGAUCUCCCCAAGCAUAACGGGGCUCCCUUGACUGAAUACGCCAUUGUUCAGCCUCAGGCCUCGUCUACCAGGUAUUUUGUCUGGUCCGUCCACCACGCGCUUUACGAUGGCUGGAGCAUUCCUUUGAUCUGGCGCAAGGUCGAAGAGAACUAUCUCGGUUCAAAGAGCAAGCGACAGGCCACUUCAUACAGCCUGUUCAUUGACCACCUUUCAAAGAAGGACAUGGCCGAGUCGGAUGUCUUUUGGAAGUCAUAUCUUGCCGAUCUUUCCAGCGAGGUUUUCCCCAGUAACAAGAAUUCUGUCCCUGAUGCUGUCCGUGCUGGGAACACCCAGUACCACACCUUGGAGUUUUCACGACCUCCCAACACCAUUGACCUCACUCUGCCUGUCCUUAUUCGAGCCGCCUGGGCGAUUGUGGUUGCUACUCACACCGGGGCUGGCGAUGUCUGCUUUGGUGAAACCCUGUCUGGUCGAAAUAUCGAUCUCCCUGGCGUCGGCGAUAUUGCUGGCCCUGUUUUGACGACUGUUCCCACUCGCAUUCAGGUCGACAAUGCAGUUUCCAUCCUCCAGUACUUGCAGAACGUGCACCAGUCAACAACUGAGAUGAUUCCGCACCUGCAUUCGGGCUUGCAGCGCAUUCGGACCAUCAACAACGACACGUCCACUGGCUGCAACUUCCAGAAUCUGUUGGUUAUCCAGCCAAACGAAGGGAAACUCAAUGACAAAAUCUGGAUUGAUGAGAAUUAUCAAGCCAGCGAAGACUUUUAUACCCACCCACUUGUGCUGGAAUGCGGCAUCUCGAAAUCAAGCAUAUCCAUCAAAGCACACCAUGAUGAGCUUGUCAUCAACGGCUGGCAAACCAAGCGACUAGGCGAGCAGUUUUGCCACGUCCUGAAGCAAUUGAUCUCAAUGCCCAAGGAUUCCACCCGAAAACUUGGGGACUUGGAAGUUGUCAGCCCUCAGGACAAGGCUGAAAUCUCUCGCUGGAACCGACGCAACAUCGCAGCAGCCGAUCGAUGUGUCCAUGAUUACAUUCGGGACAAGGCCUUUGAGACACCCAAUGCCCAGGCUGUGUGUGCCUGGGAUGGCGAGCUUACGUACAGAGAGUUCUGGGAGCUCGCUUCAUCUUUUGCGAACUACCUCGUUUCUCGCGGUGUCGGCCCCGAAGUCUUCGUCCCUGUUUGCCUUGACAAGUCUGCUUGGGCAAUGGUCACCAUCAUCAGCAUCCUGAUUGCAGGUGGUGGAUAUGUGCCCCUGGAUCCAUCCCACCCUACCUCGAGACACGAGGAGAUCCUUGAGGAGGUCAGCGCGAACAUGAUUCUCUGCACGCCAAAAUACACUAACCGCUACACCCGGGCCGUCAAAACUGUGAUCCCGAUCAGCAAGGAGACAAUCAAGGCAUAUGGCUCUCUUAAUUCGCAUACCCGCAACCGCUCUCAAGUCACGCCCUCGAACAUGGCGUAUGCUAUUUUCACAUCGGGUAGCACUGGUCGUGCUAAGGGCAUUGUCAUCGAGCAUCAAAACAUUGCCAGCAGUGCUUUGGCAUUUGGACCUGUGGUCCACAUGAACUCCUCCUCCAGAGUCCUCCAGUUUGCAUCAUUGACCUUCGACGCCGCAGUCCUGGAGGUUCUUGCAAUCUUGAUGUUUGGCGGUUGCAUCUGUGUACCCAGCGAGGACGAACGUCUCAACGAUGUUGCUGGUGCUAUUCGACGCAUGAAUGUCAACUGGACCUUCCUCACCCCUUCAAUUGCCAGCAUUGUUGAGCCAUCGUCUGUCCCCUCUCUCAAGAUUCUCACGUGUGGUGGUGAGAAGCUGUCCAAGGAAGUGAUUACCAAAUGGGCGAACGCUGCCCAUCUCAUGAAUUGCUAUGGCCCCACGGAAACCUGCGUGUUUGCGGUCGUUGACACCACUGUUGCCGCUCAUCGGGACCCUGCGCGCAUUGGAUACGGAAUUCCCAGCACCUUGACUUGGAUUGUCGAUCCCGACAACCACAAUCGAUUGGCACCUUUGGGGGCUGUUGGCGAGCUUGCGCUUGAAGGUCCUGCUCUCGCGAGAGAGUAUCUCAAAAACCCAGAAAAAACUGCCGAAACCUUCAUUGAGAACCCUACCUGGAUCAAGGAGUUUGGCUCAAACUUGCCGUCUCCCCGAAGGAUUUACCUAACCGGUGAUCUUUGUUACUACAACCAAGAUGGCACAGUCGGCUACAUUAGUCGCAAGGAUCACCAAGUCAAACUCCACGGCCAACGUAUGGAACUGGGUGAAAUCGAACAUCGCCUCUACUCUGACCCCCGAGUCCGACAUGCUGUGGUUAUCCUUCCCAAGAACGGUCCUCUUCAGCAGCGUCUCGUUACUGUCAUGUCUCUCAACAAGAUUGUUGCGGACAACAAUCUCAUCUCGGAUCAGCCUUGUGAGCUUGUUGACGAAGAUGAACUCGAGAGCCACGCAUAUGCCGCUCUCAGUGAUGUUCAAAAGAGCCUUGAAAAUCAAUUGCCAAUUUACAUGGUUCCGCAGACAUGGGCUCUGAUCAAGAAGCUACCCAUGCUUGUGUCUGGCAAGCUCGACCGAAAGAAGAUCACUGCCUGGCUUGAGAACAUAGACGAGGCGUCUUACGACAGAAUUAUGCAGGACUAUGACCGGAUGAAGCGUGGCCAUAGUGAAAAGAAGGAGGAACCGGAGAAGGAUACCUCCCUCAAGACGAUUCGCGAGAUCUUUGCGCAAGUUUUGAACAUUUCUCUGCAAAAGAUCAAUGUCGAUCGCUCUUUCGUCAGCUUAGGCGGCGACAGCAUCACUGGAAUGGCCGUUAUUUCCAGGGCCCGCAAGCAGGGCCUUGUGCUGACCCUCAAUGACAUUCUGCAGAGCAGGUCGAUCAAAGAGCUUUCCAAAGCAGCUGGAACCAAAGCUCCGGUUUCUCAGAGCGAAGAAAGGUUAGGUGAAGGGUUCGGUCUUUCACCAAUCCAGAAACUGUACUUUCAGUGCUCGAACUCCUUCCAGGGCGCUGCUCGCUUUAACCAGAGCAUCACCGUGCGCGUCACUCGCAGGGUUGAAGGAGAGGUUCUGCGACGUGCGAUCAAGGCUGUGACCAGCCAGCACUCAAUGUUCCGAGCACGAUUCAGUAAGACUAGCAAUGGCAUCUGGGAGCAGAAAGCUGCAGCGGAAGUUGAUGAGUCCUACCGCUUCCGCAUUCACUCUAUUAAUGACACGCGCGAGAUGGUCUCUAAGAUCGCUGAGAGCCAGACAUGCCUGGAUCCUUUGAAGGGACCCAUAUUAGCAGCAGAUCUUUUUAAUCUUCGCAGUGGUGGACAGAUUCUUUUCCUCGUUGCUCACCAUCUGUGUGUUGACAUGGUGUCGUGGCGCAUUGUCCUUCAGGAUCUGGAAGAGCUCGUUACCUCCGGGUCUCUUCCUGAUGAGAAAGCGCUAUCUUUCCAGAGCUGGUGCAAGAUGCAACUCGAAAGGAGCAAAGUAUACGAAGCAGACAGCUUCUUACCUUUCACGCCUGAGCAACCCGAUCUCCAGUACUGGGGUAUGGAUAACUCGCAAAACGUCUACGGCCACAUCAAGAUGGAGUCUUUUACUCUGAGCGAGGACGUCACCAACUUUAUUCUCGAUGGCUGCCAUGGUGUCUUCCGUACUGAUACGGUUGAUAUUUUGCUGUCGUCCAUUAUCCAUUCCUUCCGUCGCACAUUCACUGAUCGCAAGGUUCCAACCGUGUACAACGAAGGACAUGGCCGGGAGGCAUGGGAUGCGAGCAUUGACCUUUCGCGAACCGUUGGCUGGUUUACGGCCAUGUGCCCACUGCAUGUACAGCCUGAGUCUGCUGGAAUUGUCGACACGAUCAAGCGUGUCAAGGACGCCAGACGCAAGAUUGCCGACAAUGGCCGACCAUAUUUCGCCAAGAGCCUCCUCCAAUCCGACUCAUCUGGAUUUCCGGUUCCUCUUGAAAUCCUCUUUAACUAUCUGGGUCGACUUCAGCAGCUGGAGCGUGCCGACUCCUUGUUCCAGCAUUAUGGCAGCGCAUUUGACAGCUCAGACUUUGCCACUGCAGGUGACAUGGGACCUGAGACGGCUCGAUUUGCCCUGUUUGAAGUUUCUGCCAUUGUUAUCAAGGAUAAGCUCAAUGUUGCAUUCACUUACAAUCGUCACAUGCAACGCGAAGGGAAGAUCCGCCAUUGGAUCAUGGAGUGCAAGCAGAUUCUCGAGAAGGAUCUUCUUUCUCUGAAGAGCACGACCCCCGAGCCUACUCUCAGUGACUAUCCUCUGCUUCCCAUCAACUACCAUGGGCUUCAGAUGCUCACCAACAACACUUUCCGCAAAUUGGGCAUUCGGAACAAGGAUCAGGUCGAAGACAUUUAUCCCUGCUCUCCAAUGCAAGAGGGCUUAUUACUGAGCCAACUACGCGACCCCAACGCCUAUAUGUUCCACACGGUAUUCGAGAUCAAGGAUCCGCGAUCUGGAAAAGUGAAUGCGGAGAAGCUUGUGCAAGCCUGGCAAGCCAUUGUUGAACGCCACCCAGUUUUAAGAACAGUCUUCAUUGACAGCACCUACAGUGGAGGAUCAUUCGAUCAGCUUGUUCUCAACAAAUUAAGCGACAAUGUUCUUCGAGUCGAAUGCUCGGAUUCCCAGGUUGAGGAAAAGCUGACCUCGAUCUCCCUGCGCAACAUGAACUCUACGCGCCAAUCGAAACUCUCUCAUCAACUGACGGUCUGCAAGACAUCCAGUGGCCGCGUUCUAGUCAAGCUGGAGAUCAACCAUGCCAUCAUUGAUGGUGGCUCUGUCGAUGUCCUUCUGCGUGAUCUGGCGAUGGCUUACGACCGUCGGCUCCCAGACGGCGAAGGGCCCAAAUUUAGUGACUACAUUCAGUUCAUCAGAUCCAGGAACCAAAGCGAGGCCCUUGGUCACUGGAAACAGUACCUUGGCGGAGUCAGCCCGUGCCAUAUUGCUCCUUCAGCCGGAUUCGAGUCGAAGCGAGAGCUCAAGGGUGUGCUUAUGAACUUCCGGCGUUUCCCGGAGCUUCUGCAGUUCUGCGAAAAGAGCUCGGUUACUCUUGCCAAUCUGACUUUGUCCGCUUGGGCCAUUGUGCUCCGACAGUUCACUGCCUCUGACGAUGUCUGCUUUGGAUACUUGUCAGCUGGGCGCGACGCUCCUGUCAACGGCAUUCAGGACAUGGUCGGCAUUUUCAUCAACAUGCUUUGCUGCAGGGUUCAGUUCUCCAGACAGCAAACUCUUGUAGACGUCUCCAAGCAGGUGCAGGACGAUUAUAUCCGCAGUAUACCACACCAGAGCUGCUCAUUGGCAAGCAUCCAACAUGAGCUUGGCUGGCAGGGCCAAUCACUCUUUAACACCACUUUAUCAAUCCAGAACCACUCGGUGGCGGGCGCUUCGAAGGAGAAGGGCUUGUCGUUCGACCUGCAGCAUGCUCAUGAUCCUAGUGAGUAUGCGGUCACUGUAAAUGUUGAGAUCGCCAGGGGCCAGGAAGGCAUUCUUCUGCGAUACUGGAGUGAUGUUAUAUCCGAUGAGCAAGCACAAUCUUUGACUGAUACCAUUGCCAAAGUGUUUACUGGCUUCAUUGAGACGCCAUCUGCAACCAUGUUGGAAUCGAAGUUUGAUGCCGAAGUGCCACAUGAACAACAGCCUGUCGAAUGGGAUUACUCCCAAUCUGCGUAUAGUGAAAAGCCCAAGCAAUCCGACCAGGCGCUCGACAAUAAUUCCAUCCAGAGGAUAAUUGACGAUCGUGUGCAUGAGAUUAUUGGACAAUUGUUAAGAGAAGGAAAAUUGACGGUCCCGGGCAUCCAAACCGAAGGGCUGUCUGGUUACAGUGAUGCAGUGGAUUCACCUUAUGGUGCAUCAGGAAUUCAAGGAGCAGAUGAUUCUGGGGUUUGUUCGGCGACUUCUCGAUCCAGCGAGGAUGGGAUGUCGGCCGAUGUGGAAAGGAAACUAUGGAGUCUUUGGAGCACGGCGCUUGGGCUUUCCCCCAACGUGGUGAGGCACCAGGACAGCUUUUUCAAACUGGGCGGCGACAGCAUCACGGCUAUGAAGAUGGUUAGUGCAGCCCGUGAGGAGGGACUCGUUUUGACGGUGGCGGAUGUUUUCAACAACCCGGUCUUCGAGGAUAUGCUUACCACAGUGCGCGCGGCCAAUGUCACUCAGCAAAGGUUGAACGUCGACCUUCAACCCACUCCCAAAGAGCCUGAGGCAUUCUCUGACACCAACCGCAUAUCCCUGGUACACACACCUUCUUCGGAGAGCAUCGAGAUUCUGAAGCCUACCAAGUGUGUGGACGACAACUCCAUUGAAAGUGGUAUUUGUCCGAAGAUCGGUGUCUUCAAGGGUGGCAUCGCCGACGUCCUGCCUGUCAAUGACUUCCAGGCUCUGUCACUAACUGCGACCCUCUUCAAGUCCCGGUGGAUGUUGAACUAUUUCUACCUGGAAGGGAAUGGACCUCUGGAUUUGAGACGUCUGCGCGAGAGCUGCUUGAAGGUCGUUGAUGCGUUCGAUAUUCUCCGAACUGUCUUCGUAUGCUUCCACGACCAGUUCUUCCAAGUCGUCCUGCGCAAAAUUCGACCCAGUAUUUUUGUUUACGAAACCGAUCGCGGCCUUGAUGAAUUUACGAUGACCUUACAGCAGCGAGACCGCGAGUAUGGCCCGCGCGAAGGCGAGCAGUAUGUUCAGUUCUAUGUGGUGAAGAAGAAGGGCAGCAACCAGCACCGCAUCCUCAUCCGGCUGUCUCACACCCAGUACGACGGAGUGUGUCUGUCAAAGAUCAUGUCGGCCAUCAAGCUUGGUUACGAAGGCAGUCCCCUACCUCCUGUAACCCCAUUCGCGAGCUAUAUGCGCCAGCUUCCUGGUACCAUCACGCCAAAUCACUACCAGCACUGGACCAAGCUUCUCGCGGGUUCGAAGAUGACCGAGAUCGUCCACCGAAAGGGCCCGACCAUGUUCCAGAAUGUCGGCUCCUUCACUGAAAUCCACAAGACGGUUGAGAUCCCGCCAAUGGCUCUUGGCAAUAUCACUGUUGCGACAGUGAUGCAGGCCGCAUGGGCCAUCGCUCUUGCCAAGCUGUCUGCCCAGUCUGAUGUGGUAUUUGGCCUCACAAUCAGCGGACGCAACGCGACUGUCCCUGGAAUUGAAACCACCGUCGGGCCCUGCGUCAAUGUGAUCCCUGUGCGCGUCAAGUUCGACGAAAAGUGGACAGCCCUUGAUCUCUUCCGCUUCCUGCAAGACCAACAGGUCUCAAACAUGCCAUACGAAUGCCUGGGCUUCCGCGAGAUCAUCAAGCAAUGCACCGAAUGGCCUGCCUGGACCUACUUCACCACCUCCGUCUUCCAUCAGAAUGUUGACUAUGAGGGUUCUAUCCAACUGGAUGAUACUCAGUAUCAGAUGGGUGGAGUCGGUGUCAACGACAACUUGGCCGAUCUGACUAUGGUCUCUCGGCCGGCCGACGAGCGUACUCUGAACGUGACACUGGGCUUCUCUGAAAAGGGACCCAUCCUUCCAUCAUUUGCGUCCAAAGUUCUGGACAUGGUCUGCGAAAUCGCCCAGUCUCUUACCGCCAAUCCAAGUACCGCCCUCCCGUCUCCCAGCAUGCUCCGCUCGGUGCCUUCGCAGGUCGUUGAUGAUCUGCCCCGUCCGACGGACGAGCAUUUCCUUAGCGCCCAUCUCAAGUCCCGCUCUAUUGCCGAGCUUCUUGUCCACUCAGACAUCCUGUCCAGAUCGUGGCACCAGGUGCUUCCGAGCCGUAUUACAAACCCCGGUGCCCCCUCCGAGUCUGAAUCCAAGCCACCCGCUCACCAGACGGCAUUCCAGCUUGACUCAUCAUUCUUCGAUCUUGGUGGUGAUAUUUUCAAUAUGGCUCAACUGACCUGGCUGCUUGAGCAGGAGGGCUUGAAAGUUCGCCUGGAGGAUCUCUUGGAGCAUCCUUCGUUCCUUGGCCAGAUGGCCGUCCUCGCACUGCACAACUCCAGAAAUCCGGAAGAUUUCCCUGGAGAGUAUGCUUCUGGCGCGGCCGCAACCUCAGAUCUUGGUUCUCGGGCUGAGAAGAAGAAGACAUGGGAGAAGGCAAUCACUAUCGCGAAAAAGCUGACUCGUCGGAAUAACAUGGUCUCAACUAAGGCUUGA